AUGGAAAAAGACUUUCAAAUCAUAUUUGAUCAAUUUGAAAUGUUUGAUGAUGUGGCAAGUAGUCAGCAGUUUGGGUCUACAAAGAUAUCAACAAAAGUUUCUCCCUGGGAUGAAGGAGGGGACUUUUUGCACCUACAGUCUUCUGCUAAGAGACCUGAGAAGAGAAAAAAAUAAAAGUAUUAAGGACAAGCAAUUUACUAUAUGAAAAGAGUUUAUAUUUAAGACAAGUCAAUUACCAGAAAAAAGGGCAGCUCGCUCAAAGUAUCCUGUUGGAAAGACAUCUUUGAACAAGUCUCUUGCUUUUGGUAAGAAGGAAAAUCCAGGAUUAGAGUCUACCAAGACUAAAUUUAGCAAAAUGAAAGAUACCAAGAACAAAGAAUCCAAGUCACGAUCUAAAAGCAAGAAGAAGAAAUGUAAUAAAUCUGGAGACUCACAGAAAGAUUUGAUGAUUAAUGUUACCUCAAGAAGUGCAACAAAAGAGAAGAAAGUUAAGAAAAAGGCGAAGACCAGGCCUAUUACACCUAAAUUUUUGAAGAAAGAGCCUGAAAAAGUUAACACUCAGAGGUAUUUAGAGAACAAGGAUAGUGCUGAAGAGUCACUGAAGGAUGAUAUUACAAUUAGUGUCAAAUUCAAGAAGUUUUUGCAAGAGAAAGGUAUAAUAAGGAAGAAGAAAGCAAAGCCUGAAGCAAUGAUUAACAAAUACAAGGAGCCUAUUAUCAGAAGACUUAGUUCUAACAAAAAUAUGCUGAAUGAGCAUAGCCUCAAGAAAUAUAAGUUUAUGAGUGCUAAGAAUAUUGAAAAAUCUAAGAGAAAAAUAGCAGUACCUGAUAAAAGCUCUAAUGGUUCAAACUUUUUAGUCAAUGGAAGCAGCUUUCUACACACUCCCAAAAGAAAAGAUGGAAGGAACUAUAAUAACUUAUCUUCAAGAUCAGGCAAUAUCCUUAACCAUAAAAAUUCAGUGGAUUAUGAGAAGUUAUAUAAAAUGUCUAAUUUCUGCAAGAAAGCAUCAAUUAUUUCCCAACAAAAAUAUAUAUUACAAGCUCAUGAGUUAGAUAAGAAGUCCUCAUCAGUCUUUCCUUCACUUAUAAAAGCAAGGAAUGAUUCACAGGAUUCUUACGAAAAUGAAGAAAGGACACAGGGUAUAUAUUACGAAAACGGUAUGAAAAAGGGAUUUAUUCAUCAAGACCAAAAAGACUAUAAUUUUGUACUAAAGAACAAAUCACUAUCACCAAAGGAUUUGAGACAGGAAGAGAGGAAGCAACCAAACACAAAUGUCAGAGAUAACAAUUUCAAGUACGACAAAGAAAUGAUUGAGUUAAUGAAUAAGGAAUGUCUAAAUUCAAUGAACAAGAAAUAUUGCCCACAAAUUAAAAACAACAAAUUAGAGUACAAGAUGGGUGUUGAUAUUCUGAAGAAAGAGAAGAUUUUAAGGAAAAAGAAAGAUAUCAGCCGAAAUAAUGGGUGAGAAGAUCAGAGAAGAUUAGCAGCAAGCCCGGAGUUACCUCCUAUUGAGUUUUCAUAUAAUUCACCAGGAAAGCAUUGCAUGAGUACAGAAGCUCUCCCAAAAAUUUCUUCAAAGAGGCAUUUAGAUUACCCGAAGAAUAGCUUUCUCAAGAAAUUAACAAAAUUGAAUAUAAAUAAUAAUACACCUCGAAUAACAAAGUUAUUCACUGGUGACUCUCCAUAAUUCAAAAUUCACCCCAAAGUAGAUUCUCAGAACACUAAAAUACCUUAAUUAUCAUCCAAAGAGCAUUAAAACUCAUAAAAAU